CGGCUGGUAGAGCUAUCAUCAAAGUAAGGAAGUGAAACUUUACUUCCGGGGUGUGAAGCAAGAACUUGGAAUUUUAUACAAGGCAACAUGUCCAAGAAUACUGCAUCGAACAAAUUUAGGAAGGUUAAUGUUGAUGAUUUUGACCCCGAAAACUUCAAAGAUGACACCGUAGAGGGAGAAGAACAAGGUCCUAAUGAAUCUGAAGUGAACAGUUUUCUAACACAAGGAAAAAAUGUAGAUGCACUGGAAGUUAUUUUAAGACACCCUCCUCUUGGAGCUAAAAGUCAAGCAGUGAAGGACAAAGCUGUAAAUUUGGCUAUUAGAGUUCUUACGUCUUUUAAAACAUCAGAAAUAGACGGUGCAGUGAAAUCAUUAGACAGUAAACUUCUAGACGUUCUUAUGAAAUAUAUCUACAGAGGGUUUGAAUUUCCGACAGAGGGAAGCAGUGCCUCUCUUCUAACCUGGCAUGAAAAGGCAUACAAUGUGGGUGGAGCAGGUUCAAUUGUUCGAGUUCUAACUGACAGGAAAAGAGUUUAAACAUUUUAGGUCAUCACUACUAAUCUAUUAGGUCUCACUGCUUGAUAUUAUUGUUUUUCAAGAGUGUUAUCAUGCAGUAAAGCAAUCUUUUUGCAUGGAAAUAAGUUAUGGUUAACUAUUAAAAUGUGGCAUCUUUUGGAAAUUAUUUAACUUUUGAUAUUAGUAAAUUGGAUUUCUUUAAAACAUUUUUAUGCAAAGUGACCAGAAAAAUUAAUCUAUAUAUCCUCAAUGGCUGGUUAGUUAAAGAACAAAAAUAAUUUUGUGUCUGAGUGAAAUUACAGUGUAAAAUAUAGAGACUUAGGUCUUUAUUUACAAUAAAUGCACUGAAAUUUAUUAGAAAAUUUGUCAAUAAUUGAUGAACAUACAUUAUUUUUCGUCCAUUCAUUGCUAAUGCAUUUAUUGUUUGUUUUGUGCAUGAUAAUAUUGGUUUUGGGGUUAAUUGUCAUAUUUGGCUUCAAUAGGAAGACAAUCAGUCAUAAUUUUGUCAAGCAAACUAUGCCAUAUAUAAUAUUUUUCAUAAAAGGAAAACAUCUUUUAUAGAAGAAGUAGUAUAAGUGUUGAGGCUUUUACCAUUCCAUCGCUUUUUAAGAUAAAAAGUGCUAUUUUUACAUAAUACAAAAAAUGUAUGGAUUUGUGGAUCAUGUGUGAACAAGGUGACAUUUGAAAUAAGAGAGAUACUGUCUUUUUACAUCAUGCCUUUAAUAUUUUUUAUCAUACAUAAUCUAUCAUGCCAUAAUGAACAAUUUUCAAUGAUAGACAAUAUAUAGAUUUUUUUUAAAAUUCAGAAUUUAAGUACAUGUAUCCAAUUGAAACUUUUUGUUAAUGAAAAUAUGCUUUAAAAUGACUAGCUCUGGAUUUAAAUAAAUUAAUUUCCCAAGAUAUGUUCUCUAAAGUGCUUAAUUGUGCUAAUUGCCCUUAACCUAUAACUUGCUUUGCAUAUCAAAGAACCCUUUGUUAUUAAAACAAUUUUCAUACAAUGUUUCCAUACCAUGUCAUUUUGAUACAUAUUAUAUUAUUUCUGUUUUGUUGAUGUAAAAUAUUGACCAGUUAUUAAGACAAUAUGCAAUAAUAAAUAAUACAUAUAU